GAAUACAGCUAAUCUAGCAGCCUGAAAAAUUAUCCUGUUUUCUGUCACAUGCCAGAACCCAAGAAAGGCAUCUCCAACAUGCACCUGGAUGAGAGAUGCUCAUAAUCCUCGCACCAGAGCUGGGCUGGGUGUGGACUGUCAACCUCUCCUUAAGAGGACGCAAGAGCCUACCCAACUUUUCCAGCCUGUCCCUUCUGAAUUCUUAGCCUGGGGAGGCCGAGAGCUAAACAACCGCAAAAGUUCUCGCCCCGCGCCGGCCCGCUACGUGACCACGUGCACUCCGCAGGGCCUCGCUUGGGACCGGAACAGGUGCAGGUGGGAUUCCCAUCAAAGAUUCCUCUCCGCACCCAGAAAAACAACUCCCGGGGCCGCGUGGAGUCGGGGCGGGGCGCUGCUGGGCCUAGAAAACCGGCCGGGGUCGGCGCCGGGCAGAGGCCGGGCUAUGGCGGACGCGUUGACCGAGCGCACGGCGCUGCUGUUGGCCGACUACCUGGAGUACUGCGCCCGGGAGCCGGGCACCGCCGGGCGGCCGCCGUCCACACCCGAGGCCUCCGUGCUGCGCUCCGUGGCCGCCCAGGUACAGCAGCGCAACCACCAGUUCCUGUCCCAGUACCGCGACUACCGCGGCAACCGCGUCGAGCUGGUGGCGCAAACGGCCCGGGAGUUGGCAGAGGACCGCGGCGUCCUCAGCUGGGGCCGCGUGGUGGCGCUCGUGACCUUCGCGGGGACGCUGCUGGAGAGAACGCCGCGGGGCACCGACGGGUGUCCGAAGCCGGGCCCGAGGCGGGAGGCCGACGUUGACCCGGACUGCCGGUCCAUGGUGGCCCUGCUGUGCGGUUGGCUCUCCGGGCAGCACGGCGCCUGGCUGGAGGCGAGCGGCGGCUGGGAUGGCUUUUGUCGCUUCUUCACACCCAUGCUGCCAUCACCUUGGAGACGAGGACUGGCCCAGGUUCUUCUGUCAGGCUUUAUGGCAGCCAUGUUAGUCUACUUCUGGAAGAAAUCAUUACCAUGUGGUUCUACUAGUGUGGACUCCUCCACACCUUACCCCACCCCAGAACAAGGCCCAGACCUGGCCUAAUGGAGCCCAUUCCUAUGUGAAGUUAACAAGACUCAAUUCCAGGAUUUCUGUGGACACCAAUCGGGUGAGCAUCUCUCUGUUGGGAUAUCUUCACUGCAUGGAGAGAGGCUGCCUGAAAGAGAAGACCUCACAGAAGGACAGAGGGCAGAGAUCUAGGGCAGGAUGGAGUGUGGAGAAACAGUUCUGAUGACUCACAAUUUGGCUGAGCCUAAAACUACUUGGGACUCAAUAGCUAUUUCCUUUUCUGCUUAAACUGUUUUUGUUUCAAGUGGAAGUUCGAACCAGAGCCUGUUUCUCUGUUACAUUUACUAUUUAUGGCUGCUGUGAAAAGAAAUUUAAUGUAGAUUCCAAAUCUGGCUAUUUUGAGCUCUUAUUAUAUCUAAUGUUUCCUUCCCAACACUUACCUCUUGCUUUUUUCUUGGCUAAUUUUCUAAGUUAGUGAAUAGUAGGGAUACUUUCAUUUCUGGACUGUAGAUGGCUGCCUUUUCUUCCAGCACUUUUGUCGCUGAGGCAUUUUAGGAGGGAGGAGCUGUGGGGCCAUUGCUCAGACUAUGAUUUAACGAAGGAUCUCUCAGGUUCUUUGCAUUAGACACACUUAUGCUCAUCCUCUGUGGUAAGAAGAAAUACCCUGAAGGUGAGUAGCGCUGCCAGUUCUGGGUGAUGAAACACUCCAGUUUCUGACUAGAAUAUCUAGCCACAAGAGGUAAAAAUAUUUUUCUUAUGUGGUAAUCUUUGUCAUUGUCUUUAGCAUGUGGAUUCUCAUUCUUCAACUAAGCAUUCUGGGAUCGUAAGAGGAAGAUGAUCAACAUGAUAGAGCAUGGAUUAAUGUGACAGUUCAAGGCGCUCUUGAGGUGCUGGGUUUGAAGUGAAUUUUCUAGUGGUACCCAUCAGCCUGUAAACCACUGGGUCCCUCACAUUUUUGCCUGAUAUCCUAACCCUUAUCUACUUGGAAGGACAAUAUACAUUUGUUACUCUCUUCUAAGUUUUUCCUGAAUUUGCAGCUUCUAGCUGGGCACUUCUAGGUAAAUGCUAUUUGCUCAGUCAUCCUUUUUUUUUCCAACUGUACUUUCCCUGCAAACUUGGAGUCCUUUUGGACCCCAUUCCUCGUCAUCUCCCUUUGCUUUUCUCAACCCACCCUGAUAUCACUUCUUUCCCGUCAUUAAUCAAACAUUCUCUGUUCUUCAAGCAGCCCUCCCUUGCCCUAGAGUCCUUUAUGACCCUAAAGCCUCCUUCCAGCUCUGACACUUCAUCCUUACCUUCCCCAAAUCCAUCUUCAAUUCUGCUACCUGGAGUAACUAGAAAAGUACUUCUUAGGGAUGUGUCCUUAUGGAAAAUUCUUUAUGUAUUCCUUAUGGCCUAAAAUGGAACCAGUCCAACUCUCCUAGACAGGCAUAGUCCUGCCAGUCUUAUCACCUGGAUUCAUUUCGACCAUCCUGUCUCUGAACCAUUUUUUUUUUAUCAUGCCAUUUCCUCAACACAACCACUCUUCCCAUUCACCAUUAUCACUUGUUGGUAUGAUUCGGUGCCCACACUAAAUCUUUCUUCAGUGAGGUCUCAAGAGAACAUUUUCCCUCAGUGCUAAGUACCCUAUGUACUCUACAGCUCUGGCUUAUAUUGCUGCCUUGUAUUUUAGUUCUUACCACUCCCAUUCCCUUCUCUCUUCUCCCUCAGAUGGGCUGUAAAUUAUUCAAAGAAACACAAAUCUGUCUUCUACUACCCGCUGCUCAUUAUCAACACAAAGCCAAGUGCAUAAGGUGUUCACAAUAUUCAAGAAUCUUCAUUAGCUUUUUAAAAAAUUGAGAUAGUGAUUUUAACAGGGCAUGGGGGAGACUUGAUAAUAUGGGUGAAUGUAGUAACCACAAUGUUUUUCAUGUGAAAACUUUAUAAGCGUGUAUAUCAAUGAUACCUUAAUAAAAAAUACUGAGGUAUAAACUUCAGGAAUACAACGAUUCCGUAUUUGUAUAUAUUGCAAAACGAUCACCACAAUAAAUCUAGUUAACAUGCAUCAGCAUACUUAGUUACCGAAUUUCUUUCUUGUUAUAACUUAAGAUUUCUUCUUAGA